UCCCGGUGUCUACGGUGAAACAUGGCGGUGUUUCAUGAUGAAGUGGAGAUCGAGGACUUCGAGUUUGACGAAGAAACGGAAACGUAUUCGUUCCCGUGUCCCUGCGGAGACCGAUUCCUCAUAACGAAAGAGGACCUUGAGAAUGGAGAGGAGGUGGCCACGUGUCCAAGCUGCUCACUCAUCGUCAGAGUCAUCUAUGAUAAGGAGCUGUUUAUGACUGGAGAAAUCAUCGAGGCUCCAUCAGAACCCAAACUGCAGCGGGCUCAGUCCUGAACCUCCACAGACGUUUGAAUUAACUUUAUUUAAACACAACCACACUCUCUUAAGUGGGAAAAACAACAUGCUUCAUGUCUGACUGCUGCUGAGAGCAGUGGUGCGUUCAAGUACAGCAGGGAAAUGUCAGGCUCUUAAGGAAGCUGCAGUGUGAAGGUCCAGCAGCUGGAGCCCGACAGGAAGCGGAGACGUCCAGAACUCCUCAGUCCAACAUCAGAAGCAACGUUUGAUGCACUGGAUCGGUUCAAAAGUUGUAAAACUGCUCAGCUUGUCUUCAUCGGAGCUGACUGGUACAUUUUAAUAUUGCUGACUCAUGUUCGUGUCAGCUGAGUUUGCAAAUAAAUUUAACGCUGGACACGUACCGCAUAUUUAACUUAUGCUGAUAAAAAAGGACAGAAUUAACGUUUAUGAAGUCAAAUGUUUAAAAACUCAGAGGAU